AGUUGCUACUUUAUAAGCAAAAAAAAACAGAACCGCACGAUUCAAGUAUUGUAUUACUUAAAAGUUGCCCCAUCUCACCCCUCUGGCUAACUGUCAUGUCCAAACAUUUAUUAUGGAGCUUUGAUAUUUCUACUUCGGCUAUAUAUAUAUAAACCAGUUCACCUAGCUAGUACUCUCAUCACAACACUCUACUCUAUAACUUGUGUAUUAAUCUUCUCCUCCUACUAAGAUGAAGAGCAAAUUCAUCAAGUCUUGUGAAAAGAAACUCAAAGUAAUGACAAGCAAAGUCACAACACCUUGUACGUUUUGCGAGACAUGCUGCCAAAGAUUUUGCUUGGCGUUCAAGAAGGAAGCUCAGACGAUACCAAAAGAUGUCCCUAAGGGACACUUGGUUGUCUAUGUGGGUGAGGAAUCAAGGAGGUUUGUUAUAAAGAUCACCUUGCUUACACACCCACUCUUCAAGGCAUUGCUGGAUCAAGCACAAGAUGCUUACGGUUUCAGUAGUGCUGACUCCAGACUAUGGAUUCCUUGCGAUGUGAGUACCUUCCUCAAUGUUGUCCGUUGCGCCGGUGCUCCACAGGACCAGAGCAACUGCAUGUGUAUCUAGGAAGGUUCUUGUACAGAGGACUCAGAACAUUCAUUGGAUAAUGCUAAGCUAUCACAGUAAUGUAAAACUUUUUGUAUUGAAUGUGUCAGUAAAUUUCGGUGUGAAAAUUGUUAUUAGCUAAAUGGUAAGCAGUAAAUACGAUUAAAGUUA